CUCUUUGUUAAAGCCAUCUGCUUGUGUUAUUUGUUAUAGCAGCACUAGGUAACUAAGACUUAUGGGUUCUGGCGUGGAUUUCUUUGGGUUUAUUCUUUUUGGUGUUUGCUUAGCCUCUCCAAUCUAUUUAUUUGUCUUUUAUCAAGUCUGAGAAAUUUUCGGCCAUUAUUUGUUUGAAUAUUUUUUGAGCCCCACCAAUUUCAUCUCCUGAUGCACUGAUGACACAUUUUUAGAUCUUCUGUGUUUAGUUCCACAGAAUUCUGAGUUUUUGCUCAUUUAUUUUUUAGUCCAUUUUCUGUUCAGAUUGGAUGAUUGUUGUUCUGUCUUCAAGUGCAGUGAUUCUUCCCUGUCUAUUCUGCUGUUGCUCCCAUCCAUUGAGUUUUUUAUCCUAUAUUUUUAUGCUAUAAAAAUACAGUACUUUUUCUUUAAUUUUAAAACUUCCAUUUGGUUCUUUAUAUUAUCUGCUGCUUUGCUGAGACUUUCUUUUUCAUUUGUUUCAAGUGUGUUCUUAAUUGUCCUUUGAAACAUUUUUAUGAUGAAUGUUUUAAAAUCCUUGUCAGAUAAUUUUAACAUCUGAGUCAUCUUGAUGUUGGUGUCUUAAAUGUUUCCUCAUUUAAGUUGAGAUUUUCCUGGGCUUUGGUAUAAUGAGUGAUUUUCACUUGUAUUCUGGAGAUUUUGGGUGUUAAUGUUUUGAGGCUCUGGGCCUUAUUUAAGUCUUUUGUUUUACAAGUGUCUUCUGACACUCUGUGGGAGAUGUGGAGGGCACAGCCUUGUUAUUGCCAGAGCCCCCUUUGACACCUGAGACAGGAAGGGUACUUCCUUAGUGCUAGGCAGGGGUGGGAUUUCAGGUUCCCUUAGAUCUCUGCUGGCACCGCCUGGGUUGGGAAGGAGAGGGGUGCCUGCUAACUGCUCCCAUGUGGCCCCUACUCAUAUUGCAAGGGGGCCUUGUUACCUAGUGCUAGAUGGUGGUUAAAAGUCUGGCUUUUCACUGGGUCUGCUUUUCACUGGUAGGGAUGGGCGCCUUGUUAACACUGGUUGGAGGGGAAGUCUUGGAUUCCUUGUGCUCUACAAUGACAUUGGAAUGGGGCUUUAUUCCUGCCGGGGAUGAAUGUCCCAGCUUCCCUCCUGUCCUUCCUGACACCAUCCAGAAGUGGGAGUGAGUGAUGUCUCCUUACAGCUCCCCACUCAGUCCUUGCUGUCAAGUGUGGGGUAGGGCUGCAUUUUUUUUCUUCAUGUUUAGAUGGAGGAGGGCCGUUAUUGUGUAAAAGUUUUCCGUGCUGCUAGGCUGCCCCUUUCCUGUCCGUUAGACUUUGUUGGGGCUUUUGCCUGUGCCCAUUGUUUCCUCAGCUCACUGACUUCCCUAGCCCCCAAUGUGGGAUAUGUGAGGCAAAAAGAAAACACAGACAGUUCACUGCUGUGUUAUUCCUCGGGUCCUGAGCUCUAUAGCCUAUCUGCCUCUUCUUUCCCCCUUUCAGAGUCUUAAGUGCGUUUAUGCGUAACGUGCAGAGUUUUCAGCUGUACUUAACUGGAAGGAACAGAGAGAAAUAUAUCUACUCUACCUUGGUCUGGAACUGGAAGGAAAGGGCGAUAUACCUUUAAUAUAUAACAAAUCACAAAUUUCAUACAUCAAACCUGUUAAGUGAAUAGGUUUUGUAUAAAAUUCCAGGUUUUCUAUAGAAAUUAUGAUUUAUCUAAUAUUUCUAUUUUGGGGAACGUGUAUUAGAAUAUAGUUAGAAAAAUUUAAAAAUGUAAGGUAAAUGGUUUAUUGUGUUGUAUUUACCAACAAAAUUUUAUAUUAUGAGACCUUUAUUUCCACAUUGGCAGUUGAAAGCUAACUAGUUGUUAGGAAAACAGCUUUGAUAAGGGUUUUUCCUUGCUUUAUGAGUUUUGAAAGCCUCUUUCCUUGCUUAUGUGAAAAUGCCAUUUUAUGCUUAUUAUGUAUACAGGGCUGUAGUAAUGUGUUUUAAAGGUCCUCAGGUUUCCUUUGAUGUGAGAAUAUUUUUAUUUUAUUAUAAUUACACCGAUACAGGACACAUUCUAUUUAAUAUAUAAUGUUGGUGAGUUGUUCAAACUUGUAUAAAAAUUUUCAUCAUUGGGUUGGGAUUUUAUAAAAAUUUCCAGGGGAAGAAUUAGAUGUGAUUUGAAAAUGGUUUAAUAAAUGUUUAAAAGUUCAAUAUCACAUUGUUUUCUUUGUCAUCAGAGAUGAAGAUGUUCUUGUUUUUAUUUCAAUUAGGUAUAUAAUGAUGUGUACCACACAUAGUAUUUAAUAGUUCACUAGGAAUGCAAAUCCUUGUUAAGAUCAUUUUUUAAAAACUCCUAUGAAGUAUUGAUUUCUCUUUUGCAUGGUGAAUAUGUGAGUAAAACUAAGGUAUUGAUUUAAUGUUUUUAUUUCUAUGUUUUAAAUAGUAUGUGUAUCAUUAAAGUGAUCAUCUUUGCAGUUGAAUGAAGAACAAAUGACAUCUAGUACCAUUAUUUUGUUUAUCCAUGUCCAAUCCUACCUUUGCUUUACUUUUUUUCCCGGCAGGCAGCUGUUGGCCCUGCCUUCAGGCCUUUGUAAUAUAAUAGUUAAACUUUAGUAUAUAAAAGAUUGGUGCUGAGAACAAUGACUAUUGUCUGAUUAUCUGUAAAAUAAUUAGUGUUUUUCUUGUUAGAGGUAACACUUUUUUUUUUAAUGCUAGUUUUCUCAUUCUGAGUAGCUAACACAAUUUUGUCACAGUUUUUAAAGUUUUACAAUUAGGAUAAUCUAAUAAAUGUUUUACUAGUCAUAAAGAUGAAACUUUUCCUUUGUUGAGGUGGUUCACUAUUGAAAGGCCUUUUUUCUUUUUAGUACAGAAUGAUUCUUAAGACAGUAUUUACCAAGUUGCCUAGUCUAGGAUUGCUUGGAAUCAGAGACAAAUUUUUAGGGUCUGUGAGAAUUUCCUUUAAAAGGAAUCCAUAGUUCACUUAAGUUUAAGAAAUUCUUUACACCUGCCAGAAUAGAAAUGUUUCCCUUAAUUUCUCUACAGCUAACAGUAUAACCAUGAAGAUACGGUUGAUGAUAAAGAGCAUCACAAUUUUAGAACUCAUUGUGCUGCUUCUCCAGCCUUAAACUUGAUAAGAUUGUGACUUUUGCUAAAAUGGAACACAGUCAUUGAGAGAACUUAAUGAAAAAGACUAAAAAUCUCAUUUUGUGUAUUAUUAUCAUAUAUGUAUCAGCUGGAAGAUGAGUCUGCCCAUUUGGAUGAAAUGCCACUGAUGAUGUCUGAAGAAGGAUUUGAAAAUGAUGAAAGUGAUUACCACACAUUACCAAGAGCCAGGAUAACUCGAAGAAGAAGAGGAAUAGAGUGGUUGGUUUGUGGUGGAUGGAAAUUCCUCUGUACCAGUUGCUGUGAUUGGCUGAUACACGUUUGUCAGAGAAAGAAAGAAUUAAAAGCUCGCACAGUGUGGCUCGGGUGUCCUGAGAAAUGUGAAGAGAAACAUCCCAGAAAUGCUAUAAAAAAUCAAAAAUACAAUGUGUUUACGUUUAUUCCUGGGGUUUUGUAUGAACAAUUCAAGUUUUUCUUGAAUCUCUAUUUUCUGGUAGUAUCCUGCUCACAGUUUGUACCAGCAUUGAAAAUAGGCUAUCUCUACACCUACUGGGCUCCUCUGGGAUUUGUCUUGGCUGUUACUAUCAUGCGGGAAGCAAUUGAUGAAUUUCGACGUUUCCGGCGAGAUAAGGAAAUGAAUUCGCAGCUAUACAGCAAACUUACUGUAAGAGGUAAAGUGCAAGUUAAGAGUUCAGACAUACAAGUUGGAGACCUCAUCAUAGUGGAAAAGAAUCAAAGAAUUCCAUCAGACAUGGUAUUUCUUAGGACUUCAGAAAAAGCAGGUUCAUGCUUCAUUAGAACUGAUCAGCUCGACGGUGAGACGGACUGGAAGUUGAAAGUGGCGGUGAGCUGCACUCAGAGGCUGCCAGCCCUGGGGGACCUCUUUUCCAUCAAUGCUUAUGUUUAUGCCCAGAAGCCACAACUGGAUAUUCAUAGUUUUGAAGGGACAUUUACCAGGGAAGACAGUGACCCACCUGUUCACGAAAGCCUCAGCAUAGAAAACACACUGUGGGCCAGCACUGUUGUAGCAUCAGGUACUGUAAUAGGUGUUGUCAUUUAUACUGGAAAAGAGACUCGAAGUGUAAUGAACACAUCCAAUCCAAAAAAUAAGGUUGGUCUGCUGGACCUCGAGCUCAACCAGCUGACCAAGGCACUCUUCCUGGCCUUGAUUGCUCUCUCAGCUGUGAUGGUGGCCUUACAAGGGUUCGUGGGGCCCUGGUACCGCAACCUCUUUCGAUUCCUCCUUCUAUUUUCCUACAUCAUUCCCAUAAGCUUGCGAGUGAACUUGGACAUGGGCAAAGCAGCCUAUGGGUGGAUGAUCAUGAGGGACGAGCACAUCCCGGGGACUGUUGUCCGCACCAGCACCAUCCCUGAAGAGCUGGGGCGCUUGGUGUACUUAAUGACAGACAAAACAGGGACUCUGACCCAGAAUGAGAUGGUCUUUAAGCGUCUCCACCUGGGCACUGUGUCUUAUGGGACUGACACAAUGGAUGAGAUCCAAAACCAUGUCAUCACGUCAUACUCACAGACACAGUCUCAAGCAAGUGGAAACAAUGCCAGUUCAACUCCACCAAGGAAGGCGCAGUCUUCAGCUCCCAAAGUCAGAAGGAGUGUUAGCAGCCGAAUUCAUGAAGCUGUGAAGGCCAUCGCCCUGUGUCACAACGUGACUCCUGUGUAUGAGUCCCGAGCUGCGGGGGCUGGGGAGACAGAGUAUGCUGAGGUGGACCAGGACUUCAGCGACGAGAACCGCACCUACCAGGCCUCCAGCCCCGACGAGGUGGCUCUCGUGCAGUGGACAGAGAGCGUGGGCCUCACCCUGGUCAGCCGGGACCUGACUUCCAUGCAGCUGAAGACACCCAGCGGACAGAUUCUGACCUACCACGUCCUGCAGGUGUUCCCCUUCACAUCUGAAAACAAGCGUAUGGGGAUCGUUGUCAGGGAUGAAUCCACAGCUGAAAUCACAUUCUACAUGAAGGGCGCCGAUGUCGCCAUGUCCACUAUUGUCCAGUACAACGACUGGCUGGAAGAGGAGUGUGGAAACAUGGCUCGGGAGGGGUUACGCACUCUCGUGGUUGCCAAGAAGUCGUUAACUGAAGAGCAGUACCAGGAUUUCGAGAGCCGGUACAGCCAGGCCAAGCUGAGCUUGCACGACCGAGCGCUCAAGGUGGCCGCGGUGGUGGAGAGUCUGGAGCGGGAGAUGGAGCUGCUCUGCCUCACCGGGGUCGAAGACCAGCUGCAGGCAGAUGUGCGGCCCACCCUGGAGAUGCUGAGGAACGCAGGCAUCAAGAUAUGGAUGCUGACGGGCGACAAACUCGAGACAGCCACCUGCAUCGCCAAAAGUUCACAUUUAGUGUCUCGGACGCAGGACAUUCAUGUUUUCAGACCAGUAACAAAUCGAGGUGAGGCCCAUUUGGAGCUCAACGCAUUCCGAAGGAAGCACGACUGUGCACUGGUCAUCGCUGGGGACUCCUUGGAGGUGUGUCUGAAGUACUAUGAACACGAGUUUGUGGAGCUGGCUUGCCAGUGCCCCGCUGUGGUGUGCUGCCGCUGCUCGCCCACCCAAAAGGCCCACAUCGUGAAGCUCCUGCAGCAGCACACAGGCAGGCGCACCUGUGCUGUCGGUGAUGGAGGAAAUGACGUCAGCAUGAUUCAGGCAGCAGACUGUGGGAUUGGGAUUGACGGGAAGGAGGGGAAGCAAGCCUCGCUGGCUGCCGACUUCUCCAUCACACAGUUCAAGCACAUCGGCCGGCUGCUCAUGGUGCACGGCCGCAACAGCUACAAGCGCUCGGCGGCACUGGGCCAGUUCGUCAUGCACAGGGGCCUCAUCAUCUCCACCAUGCAGGCUGUUUUCUCCUCAGUCUUCUAUUUUGCAUCUGUCCCUUUGUACCAGGGGUUCCUAAUGGUAGGGUACGCGACAAUAUACACCAUGUUCCCAGUGUUCUCACUGGUGCUGGACCAAGAUGUGAAGCCGGAGACGGCCCUGCUGUACCCGGAGCUCUACAAGGACCUCACUAAGGGAAGAUCCUUGUCGUUUAAGACCUUCCUCAUCUGGGUUUUAAUCAGUAUUUACCAAGGUGGCAUCCUCAUGUACGGGGCGCUGGUGCUGUUUGAGUCCGAGUUUGUGCACGUGGUGGCCAUCUCCUUCACAGCGCUGAUCCUGACGGAGCUGCUGAUGGUGGCGCUGACCAUCCGCACGUGGCACUGGCUGAUGGUCGUGGCCGAGUUCCUCAGCCUUGGCUGCUACCUGGCCUCACUUGCCUUCCUAAACGAGUAUUUCGGUAUAGGCAGAGUGUCCUUUGGAGCUUUCUUAGACGUUGCCUUCAUCACAACUGUGACCUUCCUGUGGAAAGUGUCAGCCAUCACGGUGGUCAGCUGCCUGCCACUGUACAUUCUUAAGUAUCUGAAGCGAAAGCUUUCUCCUCCCAGCUACUCCAAGCUCACCUCCUGA